UUCAUGCUUUCUGCCUGAACUGAAAGCGACACGGCUUCCCGAUGCUACGCCUGGGAGGUGGUUCAAGCUUUAGAAAUUGCCUGAGAAGCCCCGUCCAUCUGCUGGAUGCUUGGCUUUCUGGAAAGGACUAGGAGGCGUUGGCUUUUAAUCUGAGUAACUCUGAAUUUUGUUUUGUAACUUCAAAUUGUCGCCUAAUUAAAAGUAAACUGACCUUUUUUUUUUUUUUUUUUUUUUUGGAACGUUUUGUUAAAUCAGUGUGGCGAUGUGUGUUAUGGUCUAGAAUCCUAAUUAUCACCGGGGAGGAGAUGGGGGCGAAGGGGGAGCACAAAAAUCUCUUCUGCUUUUCGAUACUGGAUAUUUGAUUAAGUGAUUUGCUUUGAUAAAGUGUGCGCCAGCCAGGACUAGGGGAACAGAAGAACGGCGAAUUUGAAGAGUAACCUUCUUUUAAAAGUGGGGGAAAUUACCCUCAACCACCAGUAGCUGUUUCCGUGAGCCUCCGGGUGGAGAAUCUCCAUCAUUUUCACCUCCUCAGUCCUAGUCCAAGAGGACCCAAGGCGAGCUCGCCUAUUAUUGAACUGCCCCAACAACUCUACAGAAGGUGCAGGCGGUACCAUCGCCAAGAAUAAAAAUCCCUAAGGAGUGAGCCAGUGGACUGGGCUUCGGAGUGCAAGAAGACAGCUAUGUGGCCAGGCUGGGAGGACAGCAAAAGGGCUCAGAUCCUGUGUCUUUGGGGCGCUGAGAACCCCCUGGUAAGAGCCAGUCCGCGGCGCAUCCAACCUGCCACGCCACUGCUCUCGAGUCCGCUCCUCAUUGGCGAGCGUGUCCUUUGGGAGGCGGGGCUAAUGGCAGCCCCGCCCACCGGAGCUCCGGGGUUGGGGCAUCAGGCUCUCCUCCCACCAGGGGCCGCCAGCUCUGCUCCGUCUCCGACUUGGUCCUACAGCGCCUCUAGGCUGCGGAUCGGCGCUCCAACCACCUGCUCCGCGCUGCCGCCGAGGAAGCAGGGCGGGAGGAGGAGCGGGAGGGAGCGGGAGGAGCGGGAGGAGGAGACAGGCAGCUUACACACGCCUUCCCGUCCUCCACUCAGAGCAGCCCGAGCCCGCGACCGCCGCCACUGCUCCAGCUUCCGCCGCUACUGCCUCUGCCUCGGCUGCCACCUGAGGAGACCCACCGUCCGGACCUGCGGCGCUGCCCCCGCCGACCCCUCUCUGCUCCCGGUGAUCCGUGCACGGUGCAACUCUCACUGCUCUUCUUAUCCUCUCCUUUGCAAGAAGAGAAACUACUAGAAGAUAGCAGCCAAAAAGAAACCGCGUCUACCUUGACUGACUACUGAACCGUCUCCUGGAAUAAGAGGGUCUCCCGUCCUGGGAGUAGCAGCCAAAGACACUGAGGAAGGGUGUGGAGGGGGGGGAGGGAGGAGUUGCAGGUUCCGAGUGGGGAGGAAAGUUGCGUGUGGCAUAGACCCGACAGCGCCACUGUUCCUGGGGGACCGUGUGUCUUGGAAAAAAAGUCGCUGUCCCCCUAAGGCGAGACCCACAAGCGAGCGGGCCCCGUGGGCCCGGGGACGACGCCCCCUCCUGCGGCGUGGACUUUGUCGGUGGCCUUCUAGAAGGAGGAAUAUGGCAUCUAAGGUGUCCCCUUCUUGCCGUCUGGUUUUCUGCCUCUUGAUCUCCGCCGCGGUCCUCAGACCAGGCCUUGGAUGGUACACUGUCAACUCAGCAUAUGGAGACACCAUCGUCAUGCCUUGCCGUCUCGACGUACCUCAGAACCUCAUGUUUGGCAAAUGGAAAUAUGAAAAGCCCGAUGGGUCCCCAGUAUUUAUUGCAUUCAGAUCUUCUACGAAGAAAAGUGUGCAAUAUGAUGAUGUCCCAGAGUACAAGGACAGACUGAGCCUCUCAGAAAACUACACUUUGUCUAUCGCCAAUGCUAAGAUCAGUGAUGAGAAGAGAUUUGUGUGCAUGUUAGUGACCGAGGACAACGUGUUUGAAGCACCGACCCUAGUCAAGGUGUUCAAGCAACCAUCUAAACCUGAAAUUGUAAACAAAGCACCCUUUCUUGAAACAGAUCAGCUGAAAAAGUUAGGUGACUGCAUUUCAAGAGACAGUUACCCAGACGGCAACAUCACGUGGUACAGGAAUGGCAAAGUGCUGCAACCCAUGGAAGGAGAGGUGGCCAUACUUUUUAAAAAGGAAAUUGAUCCAGGAACUCAGUUGUAUACCGUGACUUCCUCCUUGGAGUACAAGACAACCAGGUCUGACAUACAAAUGCCAUUCACCUGUUCUGUGACAUAUUAUGGACCCUCUGGCCAGAAAACAAUUUAUUCUGAACAAGAAAUCUUUGAUAUUUACUAUCCUACAGAGCAGGUGACAAUACAAGUGCUGCCACCAAAAACUGCCAUCAAAGAAGGGGACAACAUCACCCUUCAGUGUUUGGGGAAUGGCAACCCACCUCCUGAGGAGUUCAUGUUUUACUUACCAGGACAGCCUGAAGGCAUAAGAAGCUCAAACACUUACACACUGACAGAUGUGAGACGCAAUGCCACAGGGGACUACAAAUGCUCACUGAUUGACAAAAGAAACAUGGCCGCUUCAACGACCAUCACAGUUCACUACUUGGAUUUAUCCUUAAACCCAAGUGGAGAAGUGACCAAGCAGAUUGGUGAUACCCUGCCUGUGUCAUGCACAAUAUCUGCAAGUAGGAACGCGACUGUGGUGUGGAUGAAGGAUAACAUCCGGCUCCGAUCCAGCCCUUCAUUUUCCAGUCUUCAUUAUCAGGAUGCUGGGAACUACGUCUGUGAAACUGCUCUUCAGGAGGUUGAGGGACUGAAGAAAAGGGAGUCGCUGACUCUCAUUGUAGAAGGGAAACCUCAGAUCAAAAUGACAAAGAAAACUGAUCCCAGUGGACUGUCUAAAACUAUAAUCUGCCACGUGGAAGGGUUUCCAAAGCCAGCUAUACAGUGGACCAUAACUGGCAGUGGGAGCGUCAUAAACCAAACAGAGGAGUCUCCUUAUAUUAAUGGCAGGUAUUAUAGUAAAAUUAUCAUUUCCCCUGAGGAGAAUGUUACAUUAACUUGCGCAGCAGAAAACCAACUGGAGAGAACAGUAAACUCCCUGAAUGUCUCUGCGAUAAGUAUUCCAGAGCACGAUGAGACAGACAAUAUAAGUGAUGAAAACAGAGAAAAGGUGAAUGACCAGGCAAAACUGAUUGUGGGAAUUGUCGUCGGUCUCCUCCUCGCUGCCCUUGUUGCUGGCGUUGUCUACUGGCUGUACAUGAAGAAGUCCAAAACUGCAUCAAAACAUGUAAACAAGGACCUUGGUAAUAUGGAGGAGAAUAAAAAGCUGGAAGAAAAUAAUCACAAAACAGAAGCCUAAGAGAGGAGUGGAUUGGAUGGCCUGAGGAAAAAACAUAUAAACAAAUUGAAGCAUGAACGUGGAUUGUAUUUAAGACAUAUACAAAGACAAAUGACAGCAAUUCAUGGUUCAAGUAUUAAGCAGUUCAUUCUACCAAGCUGUCACAGGAUCUUAGAGAAUUAUCUCAAGUAAAACAAUGAAAUAACGUUAUAAAAUAAAAUUACAAGAUUUGGCAGCCAUGAUAAUAGGUCAUAUGUUGUAUUUCGUUUGAUUUUUUUUUCUGUAAAUGUCUGCACUAAGGGUUUCUUUCAGUUUGCCUUUUAUGUAAAUUUUUUACGUAGCUAUUUUUAUACACUGUAAGCUUUGUUCUGGGAGUGGCUGUUAAUUGGAUGUAAAAUGUAAUGUUUUAUUUCAAUUGUUUAUAUGGAUAGUCUGAGCAGGUACGGUUCUGAUUCUGAUUGCUAUCAAUAACACCCCAUACUUUCUUUGAACAUACUUUGACCUGAAACUCAAAGGUGGCAGUUGUGAAAUUGGGAUACAUAUCUUGCCCAAUCAGAAGCUGUUUCUUAUCUUGAGAGUCAGGAGCACCAUAGGAUAUGAUGGUCUAUGUGCUGCCAACAGGCUCCCUAAGCGAGUCAAAAACACAUAUAGCAACACCACAUGAGAAUGGUACUCCCAAACUGACAAUUUUUUCUUCUCUGAAAAAGACAUACACAGAGUUUGUAUCACAUUUACUUAAUGACACUUGCUAGGAAAUUACAUUUCGUUUAAAGAAAAAAAUUAGAAAAAAAAAAAAAAUACGGAAAAAAAUAUCAGAGAAAGUUGGAAGUUCGUAUCCCCAUAGUCACAGAUCACGAUGUAAAUCACUGUAAUUAAAAUUGGUGUUAAAUCCUUUGGGUUUUCCACUGCCUUAAAAUGAUACUUAUUUCCUUAAAAAAA